UCCUAUGCUGUGUUGUUGUUUAUAUUUAGCAUCAAGAAUUUUCUUUCUCGUAAUUUUAAGAAGAUAAGAAGAGUUACACAGAGUUCUGUAAAUGUCACAUGUCUCUGGAAUACACAUGACUAAAUUCAGUGAUUGAUACGAUUCGCAAUUUCUUUUACAUUAUUUAGUGAUAGCAAAAUGUUUAAUGGUGUUUAUCUUAUUGUGUUAGCGACUAAUGUUUUUUAAAUACCGGGCACAAUGGCUAUAUUUGAAAAAACUUCGCAUACCAAAGCUCUAAUAGAUGAUACUGAAAAACUCAGCUGUUCCGUAGAAAAUGCACAAAACAUUAAUAAACACACGGAGUAUAUUUUACGUGUUCAGCGCGGUCCUACAAAAGAUAUCAGCUGGAAUGUGUCCCGUCGGUAUAGGGACUUUGCUGCCCUACACGCAGGUCUUGUUCAGGCCAACAUUGACCUGCCUCUACCACCAAAGAAACUUAUUGGUAACAUGCAGCCAGCCUUUAUAGCUGAGAGACAAAUAGCAUUACAGAAUUACAUAAAUGAGGUAUUGAAACACGAAGUGUUAGCUUUAUCAUUGCAAGUGAGAAGUUUCCUGGAUCCUAGUAACUACUCAUUGGAUAUAGCAGAACAAGCUCUUCAGACUGUGUCGAUCGCUCUGCGGGGCGAAGGUAGGUUCGAGCUAAAGGGUCCUCUGCACGACAUCGGCUGGCGGAUACGGAAACAUUAUUUUUUAGUAGCGGAUACGGAGAGUGGAACAAAUUGCAUGCUGUCGUGGCAGAGCUAUGGUGCUGACAGGUGUCUCAGUGAUAAAGACUUACAAACCGCUUACAAGAGCUUACAAAAUAUAUCUCAUCCUUACAUAGACCAAGUAUUAGCUAUACAUAAUUUAGAAACUGGAACAUACGUAGUUAGGAGGAUACAUGAAAACGGGAGUCUGAGGGACAUUCUCUAUGGUACGGACUAUAAUAAGAGUCAUUUAGCCAAGUAUGGCAACCCUAGGAUAAGGAAACCGUUCACAAUAGGACAGAUUGCGCAUUAUGGAUAUCAAAUACUGCACGCGUUGAAGUUCUUACAUGAAAAGGGCAUUCCUCAUGGCCACAUCCACCCGGGCAACAUAGCGAUAGACAACCAGAAGGCUCUUCUAAUGGACGUGGAGAAUAUUCUAGUGGGUGUACCGUGUCUCUACCGACCUCACUUGUUGCAUCUACGGCGGGUAGCCACCGCUGAGGCCAUAGACGUCUACUGCUUCGGCAGGACUUUGUAUGAAAUGGCCUUCGGAACCCCACUAACGGAGUAUUACUGUGAUUAUUAUCCUGAUGGUGUUAAUGAAGAUUUAGAAUCAGUGCUCCGCCUCUGCCUAUCGAGUAGUUCAUGUAAGCACGGCGGCCCGUCCCUGGAGCACGUCCUGCAGCAGCCACUGUUUGCGCGGGCGCCGCUGAAUGGACUCACGAUGGGCGCACAGAACGACGCACGCAUGCACUUGAAGUUCCCACUCGCGCUGAAGGAGGAAUUGAAAACUGCUGUGUGUAGUAUGGAAGCUAGGUUGAAGAGCGAACAAAAAUUGGUACGAAGCGCGAGAAGAGAAGUCCGUAUACAAGAAAUACUCGGUUCCGAAGAAGAAAUCAAAAAACAGAAGCGAAGAGCGAAAAAGCGCGAGAGUCUAUGGAAGUCGACGUCGUCUCUAGCUGAAACGGUGCGGUCGCAGAGUGCAAGCACAGCUUCCUCGCCUACUCCACCCGCCCUCUCACACGACACAAGCGCCACAGGUUCCCAGACGGCAGCCAGUCCGUGCGACGCUCGCUCCUCUUUACUGGCCGCUAUUUGCGCCUUCGACAAGUCUCGCCUCGCCAGCGUCGUGGACUCGCGGUGAGACUAACUCUACAGAACUUGUAUAUUGGUCUAUACGCAUUUAUACAUGUAACUGGGGAUUUGUGUAGCUUUGUAGGUAUUCUAUAUGGCUGCUAAAAGUCCCAGUGAAAUAGUUUAAAUUGCAAAUCACGAACGGUUUUUGGAUUCGGCAGUUUCUUUGUGUCAUUCAUCAGGGUAUCGCCCGAAUACUGAAAGGCUACUCAAUUUGAAGUCGCGCUUAAGUAUAGUUCUGUAACUACAAAUUCUUUAUGAAAUGACAGAGAUUGCAAGAUAUUUAAGUACAAUUAAAAAUUAAGUAGCUUUUCUGUAUUCAGGCGUAAGUCGGUUUUACGCAGAAAUAUGUUGGGUAGUUCAGAUUCAGAAGUACCUAAGUGUAAUAUGUUCUUGGGAACAAAACUCAUUCCGGAGUACCAUCGCUAAAUAGUGUAUAUAUGUUUAUGAAAAUAAAUAAAAGGCAUUGUAGUCGAUAUAAAUCCGUUGUCACUAUAAAAUGUAUUUUAUUCACAUGUUGUUAUAAUAGAAAAUCGAAAGACAAUGAAAGUAAUUUUGAUACUAAUGAAUAAUGUACCUUGUUGCAUUGCAAUAAAGUUAUAUAUUACGGUCGCUAAAUGAGGUAGCUAAGUCUGGAAAAAGUAUUAAAGUAAAUGUUGCCACAUUUUACUCUUACAUUGAUAGUGGUUUAUUUAUUGCUUAGUGGUCGAACGGACCACGACGGUUGAAAUUUUUUAUUCAAUGAACUAGAUAUUCUAUAGAAAAUUAAGUGUAGGGUUUGAAGGGUUCAAACAAACAUGGGAAGUAUGCUAUUAAAGCAUAUCAUUUGGUGAAUUUUGUAACUAACGAUUGAGACUACAAUGUUAUGGAAAGUUCGAGAACCAUUUGUAGUAUAGAAAUAUCAAAAUGUAGAUGAAAAUUUACUUUGGAAUAAGGCCUUGAUAAUGGAGUGGAAUUGUACAUUGUUAUUCGAAUGUGAUAAGUCUUUAAUAAGUAAGUUUAUCGAUUUAUUAGAAGCUCAUUCCAAAGUUUGCGUGGAAAUUAGGAAAAUUGUUUUUAUUAUGUAUACUUUUAUUGUAUUGUACAGAACUUUUACAAUGAUUUCGCUGUCAUUCUUUCUUCAAUUUGUCAGCAAAUAACUUAGUCUGUUAUUAUGCCCAACGUACCUAUAGUGACAUGUCCACUUCCUAAUUAUUACAUGGGACUCAUAAGUGGUCAACUCAUGGUCGAAAGUGGACGUAUAUCCACUAUGCAACUUUGCUUCUCUGCCUACCAGGGCCUGCCUGCCUUUAGGGAUGUGUUAUAUAUUUCUUCACAUACAUUUGUAGUGGAAACUAAUGUUGAAAAUCAUUAUUCAAAUACCUUCAUACAAAAUUUGUUGAUUGAUGUUUUCUAUCAGGAAAACAAAAUGGCGUCUUUAUUUUACCUCUAUGUGUUUGUAAAAUUGAUUGUUAUUUUACAAUAAUAAAAUUAUCUUCGAUAUUAUUAAAUUUAUUGUUCUUUUAUUAGCGGUGCAUUUCGUUUUAUUUUACAAUAGACAGCUAAAACAAGCUGGUAUUUUUAAAGUAUUACCUACGUUUUUUAAAAAUGAACGAUGUAAAGUAAAAGAAGGGAUAAAUUAUUGGAAAAUAUUCAAAAGAACCGAUAUUAUGAGUAUGUUUCAAAUCUCUUCGACAUUUUCGUGUUUAUUUUAGUUAAGAUUAGCCAAUGAAACUUGAAUUUCAUAUGGUGAUCAAUUUGUGGCUAUUAAAACUAUGUAUGUACAAUCGACAAAGUUGGCGGUCGACCAUCAAAGCGAUAUUCGCAUGCACUCGGCGCGAACGUCCACGGGGAAAACGUCCAGUGGAUAGCGAGUUCGCCUCAGGAUUUUGUUUGAAGGGUACUACCGUAAACUUUGCCGAUAGUACCUAAGAUCUUAUCUGUAUAAAAACAUCGUAUGCGGUGCCUGGUGGUCUUUGUGUACAAAUAUGUUUCUCGUAUAUCAAGAUUGCUAUUUAUUUGGUGCUUAAAAUUCAUUACUUGAAUUCAAACUCACCAAGCAAACAAUUAAAUUAUUUAGUACAAUGUAACGAUUUAUACAAAUCCAAUGCAACCUUUGUGUUAUUAAUUAAUAUAGGUAUUUGUUCGAACAAACGUAAAGUAAAACAUUGAGAAACGUAAUUAUUAUAGUUAUAAGUUAAUUCAAGAUCUUAUAUGUGUGUAUGAAGUUAUUAAUUUAUAUAAUUUUAAGUUCCAAAGUGAUAUGCGACUGGUCAGGCAUUACGUUAUUGGUUUAUUAUGAAAUUAUUUUUGGAAUUAUAUCUAUGUAGAAGCUUUAAUAGUGCUAGUGUAAGGUACCUAAAUUAUAAAAAAAUAAAUAAAUGUUUAAUAUAUUUUGUUGUAAGAGUAAGAAAAUAUACAGUUGCGAUAAUUAUUUGGCUUUUAUUUUCCAUUCAUCUUAACAUAUUAUAGGGAACAGAAACUGUAACUCUGUUUCUUUUCAUUCGUUAGCUUACAUCUAAACAUACAAAACGUAACAUUGCAAAUCUUUUGCGAGGAAAUAAAAAAAUAUGUGAUCAUAACUAAAUAAAAUGGGUGACGUAAACUCUAACACCUCAUAUUGCAAUGUUUACCAUUGAGGUUAAUUACAAAAUAUAUAUUUCUUUCCCAUAUGCAGUAUUUUACCGUGCACACAUAAUUACUUAAAAAUAAAACCAU